GAGCGGCUGGCAUUGUCGGGUGUGGGUGUCUUGGCGUUUGAGUGAGUCGACGUGAUUGCGUUCAGUGUCGUUCCACUCGCUAACAGGUCAAAAUGCAGAUUUUCGUGAAGACCCUGACCGGCAAGACCAUUACCCUGGAGGUGGAGCCCAGUGACACCAUCGAGAAUGUGAAGGCCAAGAUCCAAGAUAAGGAGGGCAUCCCCCCUGACCAGCAGAGGCUUAUCUUUGCUGGCAAGCAGCUGGAAGAUGGCCGCACUCUUUCUGAUUACAACAUCCAGAAAGAGUCCACCCUGCACCUGGUCCUGCGCCUGAGGGGUGGCAUGCAGAUCUUCGUGAAGACCCUGACCGGCAAGACCAUCACCCUGGAGGUGGAGCCUAGUGACACCAUUGAAAACGUAAAGGCCAAGAUCCAAGAUAAAGAGGGCAUCCCCCCUGACCAGCAGAGGCUUAUCUUUGCUGGCAAGCAGCUAGAAGAUGGCCGCACUCUUUCUGAUUACAACAUCCAGAAAGAGUCAACUCUCCACCUGGUUCUCCGUCUGAGGGGUGGCUGUUAAUUCUUCAGUUUUGAAUUCAUAGUGCCCAAUGAUGGCAUUGCUCUGCACUAUAGCCAUUUUGCCCCAAUUUAAGUUUAGAAAUUACCAGUUUCAGUAAUAACUGAGUCACUGGUUUUCUCAAUAGCUGUUCAAAAUGUUAAUAAAAGUUUUGUUGCAUG